CGCGGUGACCGGAGCCUGCCGGGAUCGCACGGGACCGGCGGGGAGGAGACGGGCGCUGCUUGGCGUUGCCCGCGGAUGCGGUGGGAAGGACGAGGCCUUGGGUCCCAGGAGAGCGGCUGCCCGGGCCCCGCAGCCCCCAGCACAGCGGUGUCGCCCCGGGGUGGGGGCGCCAGGCCCUGAGCCAUGGCGCUGCUCACCCACCUCCUCGCCUGCGUCUUCGGCACGGGCUCCUGGGUGGCCAUCAACGGGCUGUGGGUCGAGCUGCCGCUGCUGGUGACAGUGCUGCCGGAGCAGUGGGAGCUGCCCUCCUACAUCACCAUCAUCAUCCAGAUGGCCAACGUGGGGCCGCUCUUCGUCACCCUCAUGCACCGCUUCUGGCCCGGCCUGCUGAAGGAGGUGGCCGUUAUCUACGUGGUCGUGUCCCUGGGCGUCAUGGCCUGCCUGCUGCUGGCCUUCCUCUGGAACCAGACGUCCCUCAUCGCAGGGACGCUCCACAGCACUGCAUUCCUCAUCCUCACUUUCUUCCUGGCCCUGGUGGACUGCACCUCCUCCGUCACAUUCCUGCCCUUCAUGAUGCAGCUGGAGCCCCAGUACCUCACCACCUUCUUCAUCGGGGAAGGGCUCAGCGGGCUGAUCCCCGCUCUCAUCGCCCUGGGCCAGGGCUCUGGCAUCUCCAGCUGCGUCAACGUCACCCGCUUGGUCAACAUCACCUCCGGCAACAAGACCGUGGAGAGCGUUAUCUUCCAGAUGGAGACUCGCUACCUCCCAGCCAACUUCUCCACCCUCCUCUUUUUCCUCCUCAUGACUGGGAUGAUGGCGGCCUGCCUGGUGGCCUUCUUCUUCCUCGCCAGGCAGCCUAAGGUAUGGGAGCUGUCGCAGCAGCAGUUGUUUCCCAGCACCAUCAUACUCAGUUCCUUUGACCAGAUCCCCGAGGACGGAGCUGGCUCGGGGCGAGGCGGAGGCUACCCGUGCCCAAAGAAAACCAGGCGGACCAUGGAAGACCACCUGGAGACGGUCUCCUACCCGCUGGCCAAGCUCACCUUCAUCUACCUCCUCAUCGCCUGGGUGAGCUCCCUGACCAACGGGGUCCUGCCGUCGGUGCAGUCCUACUCCUGCCUGCCCUACGGCAACACCGCCUACCACCUCUCGGCCACCCUCAGCUCCAUGGCCAACCCCCUCGCCUGCAUCGUGGCCAUGUUCCUGCCCGGCAGGUCCCUGGCCCUGCUGGGCGCCCUCACCUUGGCAGGGACAGGCUUUGGUGCCUACAACAUGGCCAUCGCGGUGAUGAGCCCCUGCCCGCUCCUGCAGCAGUCCCAGUGGGGCGACGCCGUCAUCGUCCUCUCCUGGGUGCUCUUCACCGGGACGCUCUCCUACGUGAAGGUGAUGGCCGGGGUGAUCCUGCGGAGCCGCAGCCACAGCGCGCUGGUGUGGUACGGGGCGGUGGAGCAGCUGGGCUCCCUGCUGGGCGCCCUGCUCAUGUUCCCCCUCGUCAACAUUUACGGCUUCUUCACGUCCGCCGACUACUGCAGCCUGCAGUGCCCGGCGUGAGCGCCGCGUCCCUCUCGCGUUCAAACAAAUAGAAGGAGAUUGCUCAGCC